AUGGUUGUCACAAAAUAUAAAGAGGUCAAGUUAAAGAGGUCUAUCAACGAACACAGACUCACAGGUCAGCGUAACAAGCACAAUAAAGACCCGUUUCCCAUCUACACAGUGAUCGACAAGCAAUGCAAACAGAACAGAGAAGGAGACCCCUGUUUUGAGAUCAGUCCACAUGAAGCUGGUUAUUCCCUCAUUGGAGCGUUUGUGGAAACAUCCAGCUUCGGCAGCCAGUUUUACAACGGCCGUAAGAUCAAGGACCAGCCUGAAAUAGACAUGCUGUACCUGCAAGGUAACACACUCUGUCACAGGAGAGUUUAUUCAUAUUUUUGUGAUAUCAGCUUACACUUAUUGUUUGUUCAAUUUGUGUUUUCUUCAACAGAUCCAAACUCCCCACCUGUAGGCAAGUGUUCCCAGGUGCUCAUGGAUCUCGUGGACAUGAAUCUCUCUGUUUUGAAUGGCAUUGAUCCUUUUGAUCUUCACGAAUCAAUAAGAACAAAUCUGAACGAGCUCACUGGAGGCAAAGAUCAGCAUAUUUUUCAAGUGGAAAAACUAAAUCUUGCUGAUAAAGAAGCUGCACAACUGCAUAUGAGGAAGUAUACACUGGAUAUAUGUGCAUUAUUGAGUGUUUCCUUCAGUUUCUGGCCAUUCGAUAUUUGCUUCAGCAUUUGUAGGUGUGCGGUUCUGUGGAUCUGGGGCAGAAAAUAUGACUUUCUCCAGAACAUGACAGAUAAAACAGUGCCUCGUGCUCUUCUUGAAAGUGAGACUAGAGACUAUAUAGAUGCCGGAGUGUUGCAGAACUCACCCUACUUCUCAGUGCUGAGAGAAGAACGAGACAUUGAUCUCAUCAUUUCCCUGGAUUUCAGUGACGGCGAUCCUUUCAUGACAGUGAGAGAAGCUGCUGAGACCUGCAGGAAACGAAAGAUCCCUUUCCCUGAAGUCAACAUUCCCGAUAAAGAUGUGAAGAAACCGAAGGACUUCUAUGUGUUCAAAGGCAAAAACACUCCAACCGUGAUCCACAUCCCUCUGUUUAAUGUGGUCAACUGUGGAGAUGAUAUUGACUCCUGGAGGUACAAAUAUAUGACAUUCAGUGGUCCCUACAAUGCUGAGAAGAUCAGUAAACUAAUGGAGGUCGCCGGAAGAAACAUCUCAAACAACAGAGCCAAACUGUUGAAGCAUAUUCGUGCGGCCAUCGGGCAAAAACAUAACAAACAACACUGUGACUAAACUCAGUGUCUAAGGAGAAUCUAAAUACAGACUUAACUGAUUUGUAUAUCAGUCAUUUUACAAUACAUAUACAAUUUAUUUUUCUGUCCUAAUAAUCAUUUAAGAGUUUUGUUGCUGAAUGUGAUCUGUGUGGCAGCAUAAGAGCAUCAGAGGUUAGUCGUGUUUGCAUUUUAUUUCUGUUUAAUGUUCGAAAUAUUUUUGCUGUUUCAGUCCAUUUCUUAACUUUUUUUUAAAACAAUAAAUAGCAUCAAUAAUAACCGCAAACAUUGGACUGAAACCAUUAUUGCUUAUUAAAACAUUGCAUUAGCUACUUUUUUUGU